AUGUCAGAUGUUCAACAAAAGUUUGUUACAUCUCUUCGGAGAGUUACAACUCCCGGUGACCCGUCUCUGAACCGCGGAGGGGCGCAGAAGAAGCGCACCAGGGCUUCCGAAGAGCUGAGCGCAGCUUGCUCGCCCGCAAAGCUGGAUCCACUUCAACCUUCCGGGGGUUCCCCGCGCCCUUGCCCGGCCGGGUCCCCCGACGACUCCCCCAAAAGGAGAGGCGCGCAAGGAGAGGCUGGCGCGCCGCGUCUCCAAAAGCGCGCUUUGGAGAGGUUCUCCAAACGCUGCGCUCCGGAAAGGCUUUCCUCCAAGCGCUGCUGCGCUCCGGAGCUGGCCGGCUCGGGCCAACCGGAGGAUCGCUCCGGGGAAGAAGCCCCGGAGGAAGCUUCCAGCCCCCCGAAACCCCCUUACUCCUACGUGGCCCUGAUCGCCAUGGCCAUCGAAGCCAGCCCGGGCCGGCGCUUGCCUUUACGCGCCAUCUACCAAUACAUCGCCGGCCGCUUUCCUUACUACCGGCUGAGCCAGCGCGGUUGGCAGAACAGCGUGCGCCACAACCUGAGCCUCCACCAGUGCUUCGUCAAGCUGCCCGGCCCGCGCAAAGGCAGCGAUUGGACUCUGGAUCCGGCUUUUCGUGGCGCGUUCGAGCCGGGCAAGUAUCUGCGGCGGAGACGCGGCCGGAGAUCGGGACCGCCGGCCGCCGCACCGUCGGCACCGCCGCCGCCUCCUCCUCGCGUGGAGACGCCCGUCCAGCGAUCCUGCGGCCCGGCUGGAUGCCUCUGGGGGUCCCCCGCGGCGGUGGGACAGCAGCCCCUCUCGCAUCCUUUCGGCCACCACCACCACCACAGCCCGCCAGGGAUCGUCCCCUUGGGCGUCUACGAGCCCGGGCCCCGCUUUUGGAUUCCCCCGCAGCCGUUCCUUCUCCAGCCCUCGGCUCCGGGAUCUUCCAACCCGCCCUUUUCCCCUUAUUGGAGCUGGCAGGAGUCGCCCUAUUCCCUAAUGGAGCUGAAAUGA